GCAACGAGAAGUCGGUAAUCCAAGAUGUCCCGACGAAGCAGUGGAGGAGGUGGAGAUGGGGAUUGGAUGUGUCCUGAUCCAAAGUGUGGUAAUGUUAAUUUUGCAAGACGAUCCCAGUGCAACAGAUGUGGAAAAGACAAACAAGAAAUGACCAGCAUUAAGAAGGGUGGAAUAGAAAUUGGAAAGAAUUUAGCAGAGAAGAGCAAAGGCUUGUUUAGUGCUGAUGAUUGGCAGUGUAAACAAUGUGGAAAUGUAAAUUGGGCGAGGAGAAGUCACUGCAACCUGUGCAACCAACCCAAAAUUGGGAAAGUGGAAGAGAGAACAGGAUUUGGAGGUGGCUACAUGGAAAGAGAAGAAGUUGUGGAAUACAAGGAUCGCAAUGACUCUGAUGAAGAAUAUGAUGAGUUUGGGAGAAAGAAGAAAAAAUUCAGGGGCCAGCUUCCCCCUGUAAUUAGUGUGGUAGAGGAAACGGCCCAAGAAGAAGACGAUGAUGAUGAUGACGAUGAUGAUGUUGAUGAAUCCAAGUAUCGACUAGAUUCAGAUGAGGAUGAAGAAGGUGGAGACCUAUCUAAAUACGACUUAAGUGGUGGGAGUGAUGAUGAGAAUGAUAAAAAGGACGGAAAAGAGAAGAAAUCACGAUCAAGGUCACAUUCUUCUAGGUCAAGGUCAUCAAGAUCCAGCUCUUCUUCCUCAUCCAGAUCUAGGUCAAGGUCAAGCUCCAAAUCAAAAUCAAGGUCAAGAUCCAGAUCAAGAUCCCGCAAUCGCAAAAGCAGGGACAGAAAACGCAGCUAUUCCCGUUCUAGGUCCAGGUCAAGUUCACGAUCGGACCGUAAAUCAAAAUAUAGAAGACAUACAAGGAGUAGGUCUCGAUCUCGGUCAAGGUCUCCAAGAUCCCGUUCCAGAAGCAGACAUAGACACUCCAGCAUUAAGCCGUGCAGGCUUCAAGAUAUAGAAAGUCUCAGUCAGUGUGCACCAAAGUUACCAGUUAACAGUUGUUUGCAAGGUUACUGGUAUAAAGAGAUUUCUGGGUUAUUAUCGCAGAUGCCCUGGCAUAAUUAUGCAAAGAAAUAUUGUGUCAGUGUUUCUUGCAGCUCUUAACAUCAAUCAUAAGAAUCCUUAGAAUUUUUCUAUUUUCCUCAUUCUUUUUAUUGACACCUAGGAUCUACCAAACGUAGCUCUUAGUUGGCACGGAAAUGGAAGGGGAGGGGGGAGAGUUUAAAGGAAAUAUAGAAAACAAUAUUUGUAAAAUUUCUGAAGAAGUAAUGUAGAAGUUGUUAUCAACUUAUUGAUAGUUAACUGUUUGUCUUGUUUUAUUUGUGUAGGUUGUAGUUAUUGUACAGAGAUAUCAAGAAUUCAUUCUUGAUCUCAUUUUACUCAUUGUCAGCUUGUGUAUAAGCCAGCUCAUGUAUGGUUUUGUAUGUAAUUUUGUGGUUUGUGCAUGCAUUUAAUGUACUUGAAUGGACUUAGAAAAUGAUGUUGUAAGUAUUCAAUCCCAAAAUGAAUUUGUUCUAAUGUUGUAAAUUUUCAAUCCCAAAAUGAAUUUCUGUAGAACAACGUUCUACUCUUUACGUAAAGUGAUGUAAUGUUCUUUGCUAAUGGCUUGAAUCGAUGCACAGGUUGGAUUAUAUCAUCAAAUGUCAUGAUUCAAAUAUUUAUGAUAGAAAUUCUAAGGCUGAUAAAGUUGCUUAACAUCAUCUGAUGACUGUAAGGAGGUUUUAAAACACUGAAAACAAAGAUAACAGUAUAUAUCUUGUGGAUUAAAAAAAACAUUGAAUUUAAGAUUUUGAUAACUCAAAAGUUAUUCAUUAAGACUUGGUGGAAUUUCAUUUUUAAUACCACAUGAUAUUGUCUUUGCACUUAAAAAAGUUUUGACUUGAUUGCUUUUUGCAACCUCAUUUUUGCAUCCUUAUCUAAAAUCAGAUUUAAGAGGUUUAACCCAUAGGGAAAGUUUUAUACAAAUGCAUAGUGCUUUCAAUCUCUUUCUGUUAUUUUGUCUUUAGCUCUUCCAGAAAUAUGUCCUCCCAAACUUAGUGACAUGCCCCCCACCAUGCAUAUGCUUUGCUACGUAUUAGUAAGCCCCAAUGUUGAAAAUUGAAUUACAAGCAGUAAAUAUGGUUGAGUUUCCUUUUGAAUUCAGAUUAAAAAAAAAAAAAUUGGUAAAGUAAUUGUUAAAGAUAGUUGUCCAUCCUAAUUGAAAAUACAAUUGUCAACAUAUAGAGGCAGAAUUCUAGAAGUUCAUCAUCUUGUGACUUUGAAAUGCUCAAUUUACACAUUGAAUAUUUACACUCACCUCAAGAUUAAUUACCCACUUCUUGAUAUGUACAAAAUACAAUAUUGCCUAGUUACAGUGGAUUGUUUUUGAGAAAUUGAAAUUCCAAAUUUAGAACAUUUUUAAUCUAUCAAGAAUAUGCAAAGCAGCAUUUAUAACAACUAUUGGCACUUGUGAUAGUCUUUUGUGUUUAACAUAACAGGUAAGUAUGAAGACAAAAUUUGGAUUUCUUUCCAACAGCUUUGGGUCAUAUUUAGCUCCACCACUGCAUCUGGAACUUGCAUUUUUAAAAAUCUAAUUCUGUUUAAGAAAAGCUGUAGGUUGGAGAAGAUAAUGAUGACAAUGUACUAAAUGGUGGGUUGCAAUUUUGAGAUGACCAAGGGAAUGAAAAAAUACAGCCACUGCACCAAAU